AUAGUUAAAGAAGCCGGAGGAUAAGAACGAUCGAGAGCCUCAACGGAUACGGUUCCUUUCUCCUCCUCGAAACUCGGAAGGCAACGGAAUGGCGGAAACCACCGCAGCAGCAAUGGCGGCGCGAAUCUGCAAUCAGAUCAACAGUGUGUUUGUUGCGUCCAGCCAGGCGGCGUUGGACGUGCUGGUGGAGGAGAUAGCAGCGGUAGCGGCCAGGGACGCCUGCAUCAUCGUGCAUGGCGUCGGCCGCGAAGGCCUCAUAAUGAAGGCCCUCUGCAUGCGCCUUGCCCACCUGGGCCUGCGGACUCACUGCGUCGGCGACAUGUCUGCGCCGCCCGUCUCCCCGAAGGACCUCCUCAUAGCCAGCGCCGGGCCGGGCGGGUUCCCCACCGUCGACGCCAUCUGCCAGACUGCCAAGCGAGUCGGUGCCACCGUCGUAGUGGUCACCGCCCAGCGUGGGGGCUCCGCCAGUCGCCUGGCGGAUAGGGUGGCGUUCUUGCCUGCUCAGACUAUGGCCGAUGACCAGAAGGACUGCGGCGGUGGCGGUGGCGGGCUGCUUCCUAUGGGUAGUCUGUACGAGGGGGCCAUGUUUGUCCUGUUUGAGAUGGUGAUUUUCCGACUGGCUUCUGCGCUUGGACAGAGUCCUGAAGUUAUCAGGUCACGUCAUACCAAUCUAGAAUAGGAGCCCCUAGAUGUAGGUCUUCUUUCCAUUUUGCUGCUUCUUGCUUCCUGGAUGGAUGAAGUCCGUCUCCCUUUCCCUGUGAUUCUAGGAUUUUCCUAGCUUGGUGAUGGAAAAGUAAUAGCUGAAAGGCUUUUCCGGAAAUUGGUAGCUAGGCGUUCGGUACAAUAUCUUGGUUUCAUAAUCUUGAUGAUAGUGGAAACUGAUCAGAUGAAAGGACCGUCAAAACUUGUGCAUUUGGUAAUGGACUUUGGAGAUUUACUAUUUA